AUGAUGGCGCGACCGACGCUGGGAUACGGCCCGGACGCGGAGCAUGAGAUAAUCAACAUAUUGUGCAUAGAAAGGAGGCCCACGCCCCUGGUAGAGGGCGUGCACAUGACGCUUAAUGCGAUCAGCCGCACGGCCGUGAGAAAUUCCCAAGCGGCGGCAGUUCAGCAUGGCGGGGCGAGCGAUGGGGAGCCAGGACUAAGGCACUACGGGCAAGGCUACUUUGCUACCUUUGUAGUCUGCUCGGACAGCUGGAAGCUCGAGGCCGUCUGCCAAGGCGUGGAGGCGAGCGACGAAGCUGAACGGACGGAGGAACCCGCAAGGGAUGGAAAUCAUCUGUGCUGGGCACUCGUCCCGGCAGUUACAUAUCAGGUGUGGGGCAAGCUGAUAGCAUAG